GGAAAACAGAUGAUGAGCGAAAGGAGGAGGAGGAGCAGAGAGGAGGCAGGCGCUCACAGGAGGAAUCAGCGACAACAGCAGGACAAUGGGCUGUCUCCGCUCCAGAUCAUAACGGACACCGGGUUUGCUCCAACUAACUGGAUUACCAGGAGGCAAACUUAAAGCAGCACCAGGAUGUGGCCCCCUUUAUCCCUGUUAAUCUGCCGUUCAUCCAGGGGCUUUUGACUUACCAAAAAUGAUGAAGACUGAACCCCCAUCGGCCACAGGGGGGAACGGGGCCUCUGGUGGGAACAACGGGGGUUCCAACCUGCGGAGUCCCUCGCCUCACCGCAAUGCCUACGAGGCAGGGCUGGCGGCUCUGAAGAAGGCCACCGACCACCUCAACAAUGCCGCCAACGGAGCUCCCAACCCCGGCUCCAAACCUCCCCUCCUCCCUCGCCCGACUGGAAGGGGCAAGCGGUACGGAUCCAACGUCCACCGCAUCAAGAACAUGUUCAUGCAGAUGCAGUCUCCAGGUGAUGAAGAGGAUGGUCUCAAAAUGUUAGGUAAGGAAGAGGAACUGAAACUAUCGAUUCCAAGGGCCUCAAGUCUCAACGAGAAUGUCAACCACAGCGCCUUGCUGAAACUUGGAGAUUCAGUCUCAGAGAGAGUCACCAGGUUUGACCCUAAAACAGGAUCAGAAGGUGGAAACUCAUCUGUUGGUCUGUCCAAGCUCCAGGAGACCAGGAGAAUCUUUGAACAACAAACUCUACAGGAGAAGCAAGCUGCUACCAACCGCAUCUUGCUGAAAAAGGAGCGUGCUUCAGGCUUUCAGGACAGCCGUCUAGACGUCGUGGCCCGCUUUAACGGGUCAACAGAAGCUCUAGACCGACUGGACGAUCCUCCAGCGCCCAGUCCUGCUACUGUUCCGUCCGCUGCGGCUUCGGUUGGGCCGAGUGAGGCGGUCAGCCCCACUGUAAGCCAACUCAGCGCGGCGUUUGAAAAGGGCGACGUGCGAAACAACCUCUACCUCCCCCAGCGCCGGUCAGCCCCUGCCUUAGCGCCAAAACCCAAACUUCCAGCUAAAGGAGACGCAACUGAAAAAAAGGCACAUUCUGUUGGUAAGGAGGCCAAAAAGGAGAUAACAGCAGAAUCAACAAACACCACGGCAGCUCUGCCACCAGAAGCAGCAGGUUCUGUACAAAGGAGCGCUGCUGGACAGGCUACAUGCCAAGAAAACGAUGGGUUUGGACUGUCAUUAGAUCACUACUUAAACUCAUCAACGCCUUCAAUUACAGUGACUGUAACGUCUGCCUCAUUUGAGGCAAAACCUGAGUCCCAGUUGGAAGGAAGCGAAGAAACGGAUUCAACUAUGGUGGAGUCCCAGGCCAAAGAAAAGGACGAGUCCAAUGAGGCAACCGGAGGGACGUUGGUGCAAGCCGAGGUCCACGCGUCACUAGAAAAGAAAGAGAAAGAACCUUCGCCUUCCUCCGGUGAGAGAGAAGACUCUGAAUGGAGGGAAGCAGAAGAGGACGAGAACGACGAGGAUGGCUCACGCAGGGAGGAUUACUCAGAGGGAGAUCUAGUAGAAAUCAGUGCUUACAGCGGAAUCGGCGAGGAGGAUUCAGGGGGAAGCCAGCUGGACGACGAGGAUGACGAAGAAGACGAGGAGGCAUAUCAGCCAGAGAGCAGUUGCUCUGAGAUGCCCGGUCUUCCUGAAGAAGAGGAGGCCCCGCCUCCCAGCAGAAAGAUUUGCUUCAGCACAGACCCAAUCAAGGUCUUCACCACCUACUCUAAUGAAGACUACGACCGGCGCAAUGACGACGUUGACCCCAUGGCUGCCUCGGCCGAGUAUGAGCUUGAAAAGAGAGUCGAGAAGCUGGAUUUGUUUCCCGUCGAGCUGGAGAAAGACAGCGACGGCCUCGGGAUCAGUAUCAUUGGCAUGGGAGCAGGAGCGGACAUGGGCCUGGAGAAGCUGGGGAUCUUCGUUAAAACUGUCACGGAGGGUGGAGCCGCUCACAGAGAUGGCAGGAUCCAGGUGAACGAUUUGAUAGUGGAGGUCGAUGGGACCAGUCUGGUUGGCGUCACCCAGAGCUUCGCCGCCUCUGUCCUCCGCAACACAUCAGGCACAGUCAAGUUUGUUAUUGGCAGGGAAAAGCCGGGGGAGCAAAGCGAAGUGGCUCAGCUGAUACAGCAAACUCUGGAGCAGGAGAGAUGGCAGAGAGAGAUGAUGGAGCAGAGAUACAAACAGUACAUGGACGACGACGAAGAGACUGGCGAAUACGCUACAGACGAGGAGGAGGAGAUGAGCCCGAUGUUUCCGAACUCCAUCGAAGUUUUCGACCUGGCGGAGAACCAGGACACCCUGUCUCCUGUAGAGCUUGAUCCUGAGAAGCUAGCCCACAAAUUCAAGGAGCUCCAGAUUAAACAUGCGGUUACGCAGGCAGAGAUCCAGCUGUUAAAGAGGAAGCUGGCUCAUGCGGAGCAGGAUAAGUUGCGUUGGCGGAUGGAGCGCGCUCAGUUGGAGCAAAACAUCAGAGACAGCAAGGAGAGGAUGGAGAAGCUCGAGGGCUACUGGAUGGAGGCACAAUCCCUGUGUAAGGCUGUGGAUGAACACCUGAAAGAAACCCAGGCCCAGUAUCAAACCCUAGAGAGGAAAUACAACAAAGCCAAGAGAAUGAUUAAAGAAUACCAGCAAAAGGAAGUCGAGUACCUGAAGAAGGAGACCGCUCAGCGGCGUGCACAAGAAGAGAGUGAGGCGACACACAAAGAAGAAACAGACAACCUGCAGGAAAAGAUUACAGACCUGGAGACCAAAGUGGAUGCCUUAAAGAGCCCUUCACCACCCUAAGCUGCUGCUAAGUCCUACCUCCUAUCUGUGACCAGAAGAGGGGGUCCUCAGCCUUCAUUCAGACCAGGGCCAUAUUAAAUCCCAACAACCCAUCUGCUGCACGGACAGACCUGUUAAAAAAAAACUAAAAGCAGCAAUCGUAAAAGAGAGGCUGAGGAGGACGCCGCUCCUCAUCCCCUCCCAGAAUGCACCACCUGUAAUAACCGGAAUCCUCCUCUUGUGUGUCUUCCUGUCAACCAGCUUGGCAAUCAACUGAAAUAACAAUCACUUGACUUGUACACCGUCUGUGGAUUUUUUUCCCCCUCUCGUCAUCAACGGUAUCUUUCCAGGUUCUAAUUAUAAUUCAACAGACUUUGUUUAAAACAAACAAACAAACAAAAAAAGGAGAAAAAAAAAGCGCUUUUAAUACCCAGGCUCGUCACAAAGUGCUUUAUAGACGGUGGGCAUGAAUGCAGAACAAAACGGAGCAAAGGACAAAUGAUUGUUGCUUUUUAAACUCAGUGAACCACGAGUUUGCUUCUUUUUUUUUUCCCUCACGAAGAGGACGAGUCGUUCUUCUGUUCGUUGGCGUCGAUCAAUGGACUCAACGACUACUGAGACGAAGAGCGGUGGAACUGGCUGAUGACCAGCCAAGGAAUCCUGAUGGGGACACAAUGUUUAAAAGGAAAACACCAACAGAACGCUGGUAGUUAAGUAAUAAAUACAAUAAAAAAACAAAAAAACUGAAAGACACGUUUCUCAUCCAAGCCUGUGAAACUGCAGAGAGCCUUGGAAACCCAUCUCUGUGGUUUCCCCCCUUCAGCUGACAGUGUGUCUACCAUAAAGUCUGAAUGGCGGCGGUGUAUAUAGUCUCUACUCGUUUAUUUAAAAGCUUUUAACUAGCUUAGGCAGGUUGGUUGGAUCUGGUAGAUCAGAACGAGGCAGUGGCAUGAGUGAAUGAUGCUUCAUAUUGCUCUGUUUCAUCUCUUUUUCUAUCUGCAUCAGUGGCAAACAGGGUGUAAGCGUUCUAUUCUGUGCGGGUAGAGCUUCUCAUGUUGUGUGCUGUCGGUGUCUGCAAUAUCUGUGGGCUUUACAGGCGAGCCGAAGCUUCAGCUCCAAGUUCUUUUACGUAAGACAGGUUUUUUUUAGCUGGGUUUCAGAAUGCCAAGCGCCGUGACAUUCUGAAGCUGCGUUUCCAGUACAAAUGUCCAUAAAACUUUGUUGACAUUGUUCUGUCAAUGUUAAAAACCCCCCCACAAUUUCUCAAAGGGUUUCUAUUAAGUAAGAAACGCAAUUAAAAUUACUGGUUCUUAUUCUUCUUCUUCUUAAUUGUGGUCGGCAAGCAAUCACACAUUAAUAAGUUUGUUCACGUGGUAAUUUGUUAAAAAAAAACUUCCUGCUGUCUUCUUCGUCUUUUCCGCCAGGAGUAACAUCCGGCUGUUGAUCACAUGACUCGUGUGAUGCGGAGAAAAAGUGUUUUUACCAUCAGGCUGAAAAACCACCUUAGCGCAAAAGUUGUUUUUUCUUUUUUCCGAAAUUGCAGUGUUUUCAUUUCGCAAUUCCAAUUUGAGCAAUUUUACGGUCAAUGGAAACGCAGCUUUAGACUGUUGCGUGGCGCAUUGAUGGGGAUAUUUUCUCCCACGUUUGGAUUUAAGAUGCUCCAAACAUUUCGGAGUCUGACAAUUGUUUUAAGAACAAAUGAUUGGUUGUGGGGGAAAAAAGUUCGACAUUAAGUGUUCACAUCCCUGUUAUAGCAUCAAGUUUUUGUGGUUUGAACAAAACAAAAUCAACAAAGUUAUUGAACAAUAUUCUCUUGUACUGUUUUUGCUGACUUCUACAAAGCUGCUUUAAUCUAGUUUUUUAAAGUCAUGAAAAUUACUCUGAUUCUUAAAAGAAAAAUGAAAAUGCCAGUAUUCUGGUAGGGGAACUGUAGAUUAUCUUCAAUCUUUAUUUGAUGUUACGACAAAAAACCAUAUAAGAAAAAUAGAGCAAUAAUUAAGUCUUGAUAUUUUCAGAACUACAACAUGUUUAUUUGGUACUUUGUGUUAAACAGGUUUUUAAAAAACCCUUAUCCAAAAAGUAUUAAAUACCAAUAACCCAAAUAAGUCCCAUAUCAGAAGAAGCCUAUUGUGAGUCCACAUAGUAGUUGGUCCCACACUGACUUUAGUUGGGUUUUUGGUGUUCUAGAGCUCUAUCAAGGUUUAUAAGCUGUCAAUAUCUUACCUGCAAUAAAUUAUUCUUUUAGCUUAUUGACUUUGAUGAAAGAGAAAGCCGAGUUAGCAAAAGUUGACCCAAAAGCAAAGCAAAUUUCUACUAUAAUAAAACAAUUUCCAUCUUAGAAAUGUUACAGUUGUUCAUUGGAAAGUUAUUUUUGCAGGUUUGCUAAUUCUAAAAAUAAAUCUUCAAUAAAUCAAUAAAUGCCCUGUAUUCUGUACCCAGAAUACUGGGUAUAUUAACCCAGGUGACUUGCUUAUUGCUAAACGGAGUGUGUUACAAUAAGUUCGUCCAAGAAACUGUAAUGCAAAAAUAUAAGAAUAACACAAUUUUAAUGAUCAUCUUAUUGAUUUUUUAAAAAUAUGUUUAAACUGUAUGAAAAGAACUCGGGUGUUCUUUUCAGAGACACCUGAGACUAUUUUUUUUUUAUGUUUUUCACAUGUUAUAUUCUGACAGAUCCAAAUUAACUUGUUUGCUUGUUGAAAAUAGUUAUUGACUUAUGUAAAUUACCAUAAGAAGUUAAGAUGACUGCUGAUAUCCCCUCAACAAAACCUCCUCUGAAAAUCUAUACUAUCCCUUUUGAAAAGCUUAGUAUUUCAUUUACAUUUUUGGUAACUGUAAUGAAGACUGAAGCUGGUUUGGUUACAGUCUUUUGUACAGUAACAGUGUUAAAAAUGUCAAAUUCAUUACAAUUUUUUGAAAACAGACUUGAAUAUACUGUAACAGACAUUUCAGUGUUUGAACCUUUAGUAUGAAAAACAGUUUGAAAUUGUACCUCCAAAAAUUUACACUCAAAAAGGUGAAUAGAUUUACAGAACAUGUAAGGUCUCACUGUCUCUCAGUGCAGAAUAUUUCAAUUCUGUAAAGUUUAUAUUUCAGCAUGCCAUGUUGAUUUCCUGCAUGUAACUGUACUUAGCUAGCCUGUAGGUUGCUACAAGACAAACAUGCUUUCAUUCUAACGAACUUUUGUAAGGGUAACAAGUACAAACUGUAGCCCUCACAAAAAUAACAUCUAACAGUUGCUUUACCUUCACAUUUAAUUUAGUAUAUGUUCUUAGCCAUCAGCUAGCAAAACCUUAUUGUGUAAAUGGGCACCUAAAAAAAUCACUUUUCGAAUGCGAGUCCUCAUCCUUUAGCUAGUAACACCUUAUGGUAACAGGCUUUUUUUAAAACAUUCAUAUUUGAAACACUAAUUGCCCUUAACCACUAGCUGGUAAAAGCCUAUGCUAACGGACCGUCUAAAUAUUACAUUAUAUUUAUAUUUGAGCACAUAUCAGCACCUGUAAACCUGGUUAGCUGGUAAAACCUAGCUAAGGUUUAGCUUAAUUUCUAAAGCUUUAUUUGCUUUAGAAAUUAAGCUAACAGGGCAUAGUGGUUUAACUUCUGGGUCACAUUAGUGUGGGGAAACUUUAACAUGACAAAGCACCAAGUUUAUUAUCCAGAAGAUUCUGUGCAUGUAAACAAACGUUAGCCAAAAAUUAGAUGCUCCCUGUGCCAGUAUUCAGCCUACAGAAUGUCAGUGACAGCUGCCUAAAAUAGGAAAAUAAGAUCUCUUAGGGGCAUUUUGAUGGUGUAUGAAACUUAUUGUCAUGGCUGUUCAAAAAUAAAUCACAUCUUUGCUCUGGUAAAUGCUAAAAGAUGCUAGGAGAUUUUAAAAUCUUGUAGUGGAAGAUAGCUGUUUGGAAUGUGAGUCACUUUGCUUUUUAAAUGCUGAGAAUCGACUAAUCGGCCUUGUCACACUGCUGUUACAGUAUUCUGUAUGUUUUUACAAUUAUAUAUUUAACUGUACAGAUAUUAAUGGUAUCCACUGGAGAUUAGUUAUUUGUGCGGAUGGUCUAAACGGUGCUUUAGGACAGUAUAGAAGCGGUAGAUUGAGUUGCUGUUGUCACCGAGAACAGCAGGUUUUUUGUCUCUUAUUUGUUUGAAUUCAUUCAUGAAUGUGUUUAUUGAGACAGUGCAGCUUGCUGGCAAGCUCUGAUUAGGACACAUUACUGUUAGUACAGGGCCCAUGUUGUUUUGGUUAGAAAUUCAUUAAAUGUGUUGUUUCUUUUUAUUUUACACCCAGAAAAAUGUCUGGACAUCAUAAAUAUGUCAUGAAGGAGUUCUCAUCUUCAAAAAUCUUACAAUACAAAUAUCAAAUAUACAUGUUUACAUUAUAUCCUCAUAGUACAGGUUUUAUUAGUAUUUGUAUGGUCAGACUGUAGGUGUCAUGAUUAAGCAAUGAACACGGGACUAUGAGCUUCAUGUUUUUGUUUGAAAACAUUUUUGUUAAGAACUCCACACCUGCUGUAUACGCCGUACACGAUUCAGAUUUUGUAACUAUUUACACCAAGUAUUUGUUAAGAAACCUGCAGUAUGUUUUAAAUAUCAGUCGAACUGGAUGGGAACAAGCUUGUUUGAAAGACUUUUUGUUUGUUUUUAAAAGAACGAAAAAUCAGCCAUAAGCAACUCACUUGAGUCCUAGUAUGUCUUUAGUAUUUUUAUUACAGUUUCAUCUCUAUUUUGAACUAAUGUGAGCUGUACAAUAGCUGUUGUAUCACCAAAACCGUGGUCACUUUGGGUUUGCCGUCUAAACACAGAAAGUGAUCAGUUUGCCUUUUAAUGAUGUAUUAGUUAACAUGCUGCUUUUGCCUCUAUGAAGCCUUUACAUGUGUUUUACCUGAUGCUGUCGGCCAUUACCCCAUUGUCUGCCCAUUGCUCAUGUCUGCAUUGAAAACAAUAAACUGAAGAAAAUGAA